AUGAGGGAAUCGGGCGAUGCCCACAUUCUUAAAAGAGAAAGAACCAUCUGUGCAGUGGGAGAAGGAGAGGUGUUCGUACGCCUAUUUGUGGAUGAAAAUCUCGACCGCUUGGUUCCAAUUUCACGUCAACCGAAGGAGAAAAUCCAGGCGAUUAUCGAUUCGUGCACUCGACAGUUUCCGGAAUUCUCCGAGAGAGCCCGAAAAAGAAUACGAACGUAUCUAAAGUGUUGUCGAAGAACGAAGCGUGCACGUGAUAAGAAUGGAUGGGAUGGGGAUCGAUCUACACCCCAUUUGUCGUCCCCAUUGGCUGAACAAAUUCUGACAGUUGCGUGUGAAAAUGAGAGUCAUAACGUCAAGAGAAUGCGGUUAGGCCUAAAACCCAUAUCCGUUUCAUUGACAGAAGUCGAGAGAACUCGCGGGCUACCUCAUCCUUCCUCUUUGACCCCACAUUCCGGAGUUGACAGUAGUGACACCUCGCGUAUUAAAGCAUCAGGUUUCAGAAGUCCUUUUGUACAUCCUCAUGAAUCACAUCUUCAUUCUCAGCUCACUAAACCAGCUCAGUAUUCUGUGCUGCAGGCUAAUCCAAACAUGUUAGCCUCAAAGACGUCACAAGCCUCAAUUUCACCAACACGAAUCAAAAUCUUAAAUGGUGGCACAUGUGGAGUACAACCAUCCAGUUUCUCGUUACAAGGUGGCUCCAUCAAUCGGGGCAAACAGCAAUUACAAAUGUUUACAUCCGACACGCCACCAUCAAACUCCAAAAAUAUUCACCAGGUGGUAGCUUCUAGUGGUAUUUUAACAAAUGGUCCAACUGAUCUAACCAUUAAGAAGACUUCCAUACCACGGUAUACUCUGAAUCCGAAUGAAACCAGCGCCGUUAAACAGCUUAUUGCCGGCUACCGCGAAUCGGCAGCCUUCUUGCUGCGAUCAGCCGAUGAACUAGAGCAACUAUUAACGCAGAAAAAUUAACAGCAAACGUUUUAACAAUCACUACCUUAUUUCUGCUCUUUUAUAGUCUGAAAGUGGGGAAUUUUGAACUAUUUACAUGUCAUGCAAGUUCUCUCUAUAGAAAAUGUAAAAAAAAGUUGCCUUUUCUGAAGUAUGGACACGUUACAGACUCUUUUCAAUCUUUGAGACGGACAACUCAAGUAACCCUCUAGUCACAUCUAGUCACCCCUGAAAUAUGGGGUUGUUUCUCUCUAGGUUUCCAAUCUUUAAGACAGACAACUCAAGCAACCCUCUAAUCACAUUCCAUGUUCCCCUUGAAUAUGGGGUUGUUUCUCUCUAGCUUUCCAAGCUUUAAGACGGCAACUCAAGCAACCCUCUAGUCACAUCUAGUCACCCCUGAAAUAUGGGGUUGUUUCUCUCUAGGUUUAUUUGUACUAUAGUAAAGAAAUAAUUGAUUUUUGAACACUAGAAACAACAUAAUUUAUUAAUCAUGUUUUUGUUAUUUUUAUGACAAGCUGUCUUAUUGAGUUUUAAAGUGCUAAUGGCUACGAACGGGUAUAUUUAUACAUAUGUGUGUGUGUGUGUAUUGCACGAAAAUGACGACAUAAUGAUAAUAAAUGACGUUAAAAAACAUGACUAUAAAUACAGUAAGCUUGUUCACAUUUCUAAUUUACCGGCGUAGUUAGUCAAGCAAAAAAUUAAACAAUAAAACAAUUACAUUACCAAAAGUGCAAUCCUGUUCAAUUAUGAAUUAUAAUUUAAUUGUUAUUCAAUAGUUUGUAAUGAAACAAAACCCCAUUUAGGGGCGCUACGCCAACAAAACUUGUUUUAAUUAAUUUCAAUAGUCGC